CUUCCAUUCUGUCCCUACUCUGGUUCCCAUGCCAUUUUCCCAAACCAGUGAUAAAUUCCAUUAUUGAACCGUGGAAGUGGGAAUCCUCACGUGAUAGGUGAAUUUGUAGUUUGAACACGUGGCUCAUUCAGAAAGCAGGAAUAUCCGAGUGUUUUUUCUUUCUCUCGAUUUUAUUCGGAGGCGGCGCCAGCAUUAACGUGUGUGACAUUUUCACUGUCUAUCUGCCAAACGGGUUCUAGGGAAGACAAAAACUAUUUUCUCCUCCCUUUUCGCCAAGUCCGCCAUCCGAAAAGAAAAACUGCUGUAAUAUUAUCUAGAUAACUUGUCAUUUUGCAGCGGGAGGGACCUCAAGAGCAGACUGUAUGAAUAUAAACAAAACAGUCUAUCCGUUUGUGUACUGUGGAAGUGCGUUUCUCUAGAAGACCGGACAUCUGAAACAAAUUUCUUUUUCAAAACUGGCAUUUUUCUGACCUGAGCGCCAUGAAUAAGCUUUAUAUUGGCAACUUGAGCGAAGAAGCGAGCUCAGUGGAGUUGGAAAGUAUCUUCGAGGAGUGGAAGAUCCCUAUCAGUAGCCCGUUUCUUGUUAAAACUGGGUAUGCGUUUGUAGAUUGCCCAGAUGAGAAGUGUGCUAUGAAGGCCAUUGAUGCACUCUCAGGUAAAGUAGAACUCCAUGGAAAAGUCAUAGAAGUGGAAUAUUCAGUCCCUAAAAGACAAAGAAGCAGCAAAUUGCAGAUCAGGAAUGUCCCCCCUCACAUGCCGUGGGAGGUUUUAGAUGGCUUGUUGGCUGAACAUGGCACUGUGGAGACCUGUGAACAAGUGAACACUGAGACCGAGACUGCGGUUGUCAACGUUAAAUACGCCACCAAGGAACAGGCCCGGCAGGCAAUGGAGAAACUCAACGGUCACCUGAUGGAGGACUAUGCGCUGAAGGUGACCUACAUCCCGGACGAGACUGCCCAGCAGGAUGCUCCUCAGGCCGGGAGGCGUGGGCCGGGGCCUCGUGGGUCCCCCAGGCAGGGCUCCCCGGGGGUGGGGCCGGGCGCCAGGCCAAAGCUGCAGCCCGACGUCCCCCUGCGCAUGCUGGUGCCCUCGCAGUUUGUGGGCGCGAUCAUCGGCAGGGAAGGGGCCACAAUACGCAACGUCACCAAGCAGACGCAGUCCAAGAUUGAUAUUCAUCGGAAGGAGAAUGCUGGUGCGGCCGAAAAGCCCAUCACAGUUCACUCCACGCCUGAGGGCUGUUCGGCUGCCUGUAAAACCAUCAUGGAGAUCAUCCAGAAGGAGGCACAAGACACCAAUUUCACUGAAGAAAUUCCUCUGAAGAUCCUUGCGCACAACAACUUUGUUGGCCGACUGAUCGGCAAAGAAGGAAAGAACCUGAAGAAGAUCGAGCAGGACACAAAUACAAAGAUUACCAUUUCCCCUCUGCAGGACCUGUCACUGUAUAACCCGGAGAGAACCAUCACUGUGACGGGGACUAUCGAGGCGUGCGCCCGAGCUGAGGAGGAGGUCAUGAAGAAGAUCAGGGAGUCUUACGAAAACGACAUGGCUGCUCUCAAUCUCCAGUCAGAUUUGAUCCCAGGGCUGAACCUGAAUGCGCUGGGUCUGUUCCCCUCCUCGUCCUCCGUCAUGGCCCCCUCCAUGAUGGCAGCACCCUCAAUGGGAGGGCAGUCCGUGCACUCUUCCUUCUCACCACCAGAAUCAGAGACUGUACACCUGUUCAUCCCAGCACUGGCUGUAGGAGCCAUAAUAGGAAAACAGGGCCAGCACAUCAAGCAGCUGUCGCGACUUACAGGAGCAUCCAUCAAGAUUGCUCCUGCUGAUGGACCCGAUACCAACCAGAGAAUGGUGAUCAUUACUGGCCCAGCAGAGGCUCAGUUCAAGGCUCAGGGAAGGAUUUUUGGAAAGCUGAAAGAGGAGAACUUCUUUGGACCCAAGGAGGAAGUGAAGCUGGAGGCCCAAAUUAAAGUGCCAUCAUCUGCUGCUGGCAGGGUAAUAGGCAAAGGUGGCAAAACGGUGAAUGAGCUGCAAAACCUAUCUAGUGCAGAGGUGGUUGUCCCAAGAGAUCAGACACCAGAUGAGAAUGAUCAAGUCAUCGUCAAAAUCACUGGUCACUUCUAUGCCAGUCAGCUUGCUCAGCGAAAAAUUCAGGAAAUCUUGUCCCAGGUACAACGGCAGCAGCAGCAGAAGCCCAUGCCUGGGGGCCAGCCCCCCCAGAGGAGGAAGUAGCAGGGAUUUGAGGCAAUACCUAAGCUCAUCAAGGAGAUAGACAGCAGACCAAAGAGGAAGGAGUGGCUUUUAACCGCAGCGAGGAUGACGAAGGAGCUCUCUCCUCCCCCUUGCCACCCAUGGUGCUGCCCCUUAGUGACGGCUUCAAGUACCCUGCUGGGCUGGACUCAGCCCCAAUGAACUUCAGGAAAUGAGGGGAGGGGAGGGGAAGGGGGGGGGGUUUAGGGUGGGGCAAAAGAAUGAAAGACCUCUUUGCUGCCCUGCUGCUGUUCUUUAAUUGCCACCUCACUCCCCCAACAGGAUUUGUCCUUCUGAAUGGUGUGUUAUAGGUUAAUGACGCUUUCUCUUUUGAUCUCUGUGGAUUGUGAAAAAAACAUUUCUCUCAUAGCUCCUUAUGUCAGGGUGGGUUAAGGAGGGGGGGUUUGUAAAGGGGGUGGGGGUGGGGAAGGGGGUACCAUAGAAUACCCGCUAUAGCGGAAAUGGGAAGUAUCUUGUCCCAGUAUUGAUAGUGGCAUUUUAUAAAUUCAGGUGGAUUUUAUAUGUGCAUACAACCACCAUCGGAGUAACCUAGAGGGAUGUGUUGAAUGGUGUUGGCCAGGGAAUACAGUUAAUAUACUUUCUACUAAACUACCUCAGGCUUAAUACCUCAGAACAAAAAAAAAUAUAUGUGUAUAUGAGAAAUGUUUGUUUUGAUUUGCGUUGUGGUAUUUUUAUAUACUUUAUAAAGCUAAUAUUUCUUGAGCGUUUUAUUUUUAUAAGAAAAUUAUAAAUUUGAUCAGCUCAACUCCUGUUUUACACACACAUGUACAUGUAAUGAGCAUGUAUAGAUAAGUAUGUGUACAUGAGAUAUUUAGCAGGGAUGAAAAGUUGCAGCACCUUUGAGUGUUGUAUUAAAUUGCUUCCAUUUUCCUAUGGUUCUCGGUUCUCUGGACAGUACAUUUUGCAAAAUGUAAACAUGCCCAGGAAUAACAUUGCAUUUGGCAUCAGUGCUAUUUUUUGGGGGUUUAGUUUGGAGAUUGUGACAGUUAGAAAUGAGUGUUUAUGUUGUAAUGUUGGUUUUGAGUGGGUUGUGAUGGUGGUGGUAAGAAGUCAGGAUUUAGGAUGGUUGGUGGUGGUCCUCUGGACCAUUGCCCACCUCUGCCUCCUUUCUAAAGUGAUCAGUUUGACAGAGAGAACAUUUGUUUAUUUGGACUUUGACCCGAUUACACGUUUAAAAAAAAUAAAAAUAAAAACUUUUUAGAUGUUAGACUACCGCAAGUACACCGCUUCAUAGUUUAAUUUCAGUUGUUACUUGCUGUAUUGGGGGGGAAAGAUUUUUUUGAUCACAUUAUGAUUUAAAGGUGUGUCUGCUGCAUGAUAAGUGUAUACUCCCAGCUAUUGUAAAAGGCAGGCAGGCAAGCCUUCCCUCAUGGGCUUGCUCUCCAGGGCAGUCAUGUUUGGAUACUUGCAUAGUAGUUUAAAUUCUUAUUUUAAUCCAAAAGGCAAGAAUAGAACUUAAGAAAUGAAAUUUUUAACCAACUUGUUUCGUGCAGAAUGACUUGAUUAGCGAACAUUGUGCAUUCGUGCUUUUUUUCUCCCUUUUUAAAUGGCGGAAGUUGAUCUACCUCAGUUGUAGCGGCGUAAUGGUCCACAUGGUGGCGCCUCUCGCCCCCCGGUUACCUCUGUCCUUCGGGAUGCCUCUGCAUGAGAAAAAGUGCAUCGUGUUGCACAGACAGGAGGGGCACGUGUGUUGUUUUUGAUCUACCUCUUAGUCACAUGUCGAUUUAGAGGCGUAUUUCUACUCAAGGUUUAGGAUAACUUCCCAAAAAUUCUUGUUUGACAGAUCAGAACUGAAAGGACAGUAAUCACAAUUACCUGAUGUUUGCCUGCAUUUAGUAAUCGAUUUUUAAAUGUUGUAGUUUUAGAAUAUGUUCAUAAUUGGCUACGGCUUUCACAUAAGGGUAGACUGACUUGUACUUGGACAAAUAAAUGUUCAGUUGUUCAACUCCGAAGUAUGCUUUUGGAACAGACAAAGGUCUGCCUUUUGUUUCCUGCUUUGUUUGUUUUUUUUUUUGUUUUUGGGUUGCUGCAUUUCUUUCUCUUUCAAUUGAACUUUUUCUUUUUGCAUAACUUGGCUGUAAGGUGUGAAAUCUUUAUUUAAUGACUGGAUUUGGGGAAUGGUUAGGAAGCAGUGAUGAUCAUGAUCCUGUUAAGCAUGAAUCAUUCCUUCAGACUACUUGUGGCCCUAAUGCAUCUCCACUUGUCAAAUGCCUCCGAAUAAAGACAGGUGUUCUCCA